AAAAAUCUCUUCUCAACUUUUCAUUCGGCCAUUUCGAAUCAGCCGGCAUUCCACACGUUAGUCCUGCGGCAGAGCGGGGUAGACCUCUUGAAGUUACACCUCUCCAAGAACACCCGAUAAUGAAUGAGACCGCCAUCUCUUUCGCCAAGGACUUCUUGGCCGGUGGUAUUGCCGCUGCUAUCUCUAAAACCGCCGUAGCCCCAAUCGAGAGAGUCAAGCUGCUGCUUCAGGUGCAACAUGCUAGCAAACAGAUUACAGUGGAUAAGCAAUACAAGGGCAUUAUUGACUGCGUGGUGCGUAUUCCCAAGGAGCAGGGCUUUCUGUCGUUCUGGAGAGGAAACUUGGCAAACGUCAUCAGAUACUUCCCCACCCAGGCCCUCAACUUUGCUUUUAAGGACAAGUACAAGAAGGUCUUCCUCGAUGGUGUAGACAAGCACACCCAGUUCUGGAGGUACUUCGCUGGUAACCUGGCUUCAGGUGGUGCUGCUGGUGCCACAUCCCUCUGCUUCGUGUACCCCCUCGACUUCGCAAGAACCCGUCUGGCCGCUGACGUCGGCAAGGCUGGAGCAGAAAGAGAGUUCAGCGGCCUGGGUAACUGCUUGGUGAAGAUCUCCAAGUCUGAUGGCAUCAGAGGUCUGUACCAGGGCUUCAAUGUGUCCGUCCAGGGUAUCAUCAUUUACAGAGCCGCCUAUUUCGGCAUCUAUGACACAGCCAAGGGUAUGCUGCCAGAUCCCAAAAACACCCACAUUGUUGUCAGCUGGAUGAUCGCUCUGACUGUGACUGCUGUUGCUGGUAUUGCAUCCUACCCCUUCGAUACAGUCCGUCGUCGUAUGAUGAUGCAGUCUGGACGCAAAGGAGCCGACAUAAUGUACAGUGGCACAAUUGACUGCUGGAAGAAGAUCUCACGUGAUGAGGGUGGCAAGGCUUUCUUCAAGGGAGCCUGGUCUAAUGUUCUCAGAGGCAUGGGUGGUGCCUUUGUGCUGGUUUUGUAUGAUGAGCUGAAGAAGGUCAUUUAAGCGUUUCCCGGUCCACCAUUCAAUGUGAGAUGUUUAACUGUAACAUAUCUUGUACAUUUGGAAGAACACUCAAAUUCCGCCUUAUUUAUAGGGACCAACUAGUAUGUCCGUACUAGUUGAACUGGGGGAAAUUGUUUUUGCAGUUUUCUUUUGCCCCUGUUUCUUAUUUUUCUUUUUGGUUCCCCUCACCAUACUGUCAUUCCCAGAGAAAAAGAAUCCCAGGUACUAAAAUCUACCUGUUUUCCAGCCGGUCUGUUUUUAGUCAAUGCAUCAAUAAAGACCCACUGAAUGAACCUACA